GACCGGCUGCACGAUUGGACCUCUGCUGGCCUCUCAGGAGGCCCUCGGGGAGUUCGGCCCCAUCGCCCUCGCCGCCGCCGUCUUUGCCGUGAUCGCCCCCGCCAUGGCCCUGGUGCUUCCGGAAACCGCCCCGCAGAGGAACGAGAAAGAGAGCCAGGUUGCUCGAGUACCCCUCUGGCAGCAGAAUGAGGUGCUGAUGAUCUUGCUGCUUCUCGCCCUUCCAGAGCUCGGUUUGGUAUCUCACCAGGGCGUGGCGCUGAAUACCUACUCUAUGAAGAUUGGCAUGGGAAAGCCCUGGAUUGCCAAAGUUAACUCCGCCUCCGCCAUCCUCCAGGCUUUGGUCGCUGGCACUGUUUGUGCCAGCUUAGCCCGCCGCGGGUGGAGUGAUACCACGUUAAUGCAGCUUGGCUGUGGCAGCUUCGCUGCCGCCUCCCUGGCGAUUUUCUUCUGGCAGAGCCCCGAAGCGAUCGUGGCUUCUGCGCCCCUCGCUGCUGCCGCCAACUCGGUGCUGCGAAGUUUUCCCGCAGCGUUGCUGAGCAAAGAAGUGCCGGAGCAGCGGCAAGGCGAAGCGAUGGGCUUGCUAGAUGUGUGCUCCUCUGCCCUUCGCGUGGCCGCACCUGUCUUGGCCGGAGUGCUGAUGGACAGCUUCGGCGGGCCUUCCGCGUUCCUUUUCCAAGCGAUUCUCUUCCUUGCGGCCGUGGUGGGACUGACGUUGCGCCAGCGGCGCUGGGACAAAGACACCUGCGACGCAGACUCUGCAUGCCAUGAAGUCAUGGCUCCCUGGUGGUCCUGGAGCUAUGUGGUGGUCACGGUUGUGGGCGCCGGGCUGCACGACCGCGUGCGGGAGUGGAGCGCGAAGGCAUCACUUGGACCUCACAGCUAG